UGGACUUAAUCCAGACGAAAUCCCACAAUAAAAUUGUCUUCACGCACAUCGUCUGAAAUUUAAGAACGGUUUGGUGUCUCAGUUCCAUUCUGCAGUGUGAAGAGACUGAUCUGCAUGCAAAGAAUCCAGGACACCAGACUGUAUUUCUGAUUUCCUGAUUGUAGCGUGUUAGCAAACCGUUGAUCAUGGCACUGGACGGAUGUGGCCAGCUGUGUAAGUGUGUCCUCAUCCUUUUCAACAUCAUUUUUGGCCUGGUGGGUUUUGCGAUGUUGGGGUUGGGCUUGUGGCUGAGGUUCAGCUCUGAGACCAGAGGAUUUUUCAACAUAGACCUCAACACGCAACAGUUUGUCAUCGGAGUGUCAGUGUUGAUUGUGUUAGGAGCAGUGAUAUUGCUCGUGGCUGCUUUCGGAGACUAUGGAGUGUGCAAUGAGAAUAGGACUGCUUUGGGAGUGUUUUCCUGCCUGCUGGCUAUCCUGGCUGUGGUAGAGAUUGGAGCCGGUGUGUUCGCCUACAGGAGAAGCGAUGAGGUGGGGGAGCAGCUGGCAAAAUUCUAUACGUCUGUGUACGCUCAGUAUGUGGACAAAAGAGACCCUGGCUUGGCUGUUACCCUGUCCAUGUUCCACAAUGCGUUGCACUGCUGUGGACUCAUUGGUGCCUUGGACCCCUUGGUCCAAAAAACAUGUCCCGAAACCGGCAUUUUUGAGACUUUCACUCUCCCUGCCUGCCCCACAGUGAUCAUCAACAUCUUUGAGUCCAAUGCGCCUCUGGUAACGGGCCUCUUCCUUGGGACUGCUGCUAUGCUGAUCUUGGCCCUGAUGUGCAGCGCCCUCCUCAGCAAAGAGAUCCAGCGCUCCCAGUCCUCUCCUCCCCCCUACGUCCUCCUCUCCUCAACUACAGUCCUCUCCUCCCCUAACCAGGACCCUGUGUUCUUCACCCCGCUUCCCGUCGUAAUACCUGUGGCUGAUGCACUAUCACAGCCCAGGUGUGCUGCAGCAUCCUCAUGAAACAGAUCAAGAUGAGUCGUCUCUCUGCCCCUGUGAACUACUCCUAGGCCGUGUACUGAGGGGACAGGAACACAUUUUUCUCCGCUAGGAGACCAAACCAGAUGGUUGUCAUUCAGUGACCAUCACCCCGUCCUUUCACUUAAUACUUCUGGUGAGGUGCCCAAUAAAAAUGGAUGUCCUAAUUAGCUUUCAUUCAUUUGCGUAGCUGGACAGGACUCUAGAUCAUCUGGACAUGCCAUUAGCAGGGCUCAGAAUGAGACCACGCCAUCCAUUUAGAUGACAUAUGAACAGGGCAGACGACACUGUUGCUCAGUAGCAGCUGUUUGUUCUGCCAGUCUUCCCACUGUAAUCCUUAAUCUUCAUAUUUCAUUUCUUAAGGUUAUAAUUUGAGGAUUUAACUGUCAACUGGAUUAAUCCGUAAUUGGUUCUCUAUGCCAAAUUGAGUACAUUAACAAUGUAGUUUGUUAAUAACAUCUUUAAUCUAUCUACACAAUUACAAUCCCCCUACUGCCCUGAGGUGACAUGAAACAUCGGAUUUCAUCAUUCCAUGUUUGGAUGUUGAUGUUGGAUGGUAUCAUAUGCAAAGUUGAGUCAGGGAUCCUUAAAUAUGGCUAUGGAACAUUCCAUUUGUUUGACUUCUUAAUCUAUUAUUUGAUGCCAUUUCUACCAUGUGAACAACUGAUUUUUAUAAGCGAACUGUAAUGUAUUCAACAGGGAUACAUUUCCUUGUAAUUUUGAGUCACUCCAAUCGCAGCGCAUGUGUAACCUACAACCUUAUUGCUCAUGGGAAUCAUAUCUCCCUGAAUGCCCCGUCAGGCAGCAGUUGUAAUGGAGGCUUCGGAGUGUGAUAGAAUAAGCACUUCAUAUGGAGUGCCUUGGUACUCUAGCCAAAGUGUUGCCCUGUAAAUGCAGGCCGUGUCAGGCAGGAGUGGGCCAAAUGGUGUACCUAACCAAGUGUCUUGUAGGAAGUCUUAUUUUAUAGGUCUUAAUGAGAAUGUCUAUUUCCAAUGCUUGUUUUGCACUGUGAGAACCGCUUAUGUUCUGUUGCAAGCUAAUACUACUGACUGUAACAUGGCACCAAAUGUGGAGCUUUUUGUUAAAUAUGUGUUUUUUCCCCUUUGAUGUCAUUGUGCUUACUGCAUGACUGAAUAAGUCCUUGAGAAUAACACAUCAUUGACCAAUUCUGAGUAAAUGUAUAUUUAUUAAUUUGUUCAGUCGUCCAGCUUUGGUCCUACAAAUGAAUAACAGUUAAUGUAACAAAGACCGCAAAUACA